AAGUGGUACAUCAUGGCGGACGACGAUACUUAUCUUGUGCAGCCUUCCGUGCGGCGGUUGCUCGGACACCUGGACCCGACCGUGCCUUACUACAUCGGAAAUGCGGUAGGCGACUACAAAGGCCGGUUUGCCCACGGGGGAUCCUCCUUGAUCCUCUCCCAUGCGACCAUGAGGACCCUUUUCGCAGAUCCCGCCGCCGUGUGGGCCGCGCAUAUGGAGGCCCUCGAGGAAAAAUGGGGCGACAAGCUCGUCGCGACCGUCCUGAUCAAGAUCGGAAUCUACCUCGACGAGCGGUACACCAUUUUCUUCAACGGAGGCCAGCCGCCGGCCACCAAAAUCUCCGCGGAGCGAUUCUGUGCCCCGAUCGCCUCUUUCCACGGGCUAGCGUCUUCGUCCGAGAUGCUCCGCGUCGGACGAACAUUCCAACAUCUCGCCGAUCCCGUCCUGUGGAUUGACUUAUGGGAUCUGUAUCACGCGCCGCCCCUCGAUUCUCCCGUGCUUGACUCCGGACACGAUAACUGGGACUACGUGGGACGCUUGGACGAGCAUACGAUGAGCAUCAGCGACGUGAGCUCGGUCGGCACCUGUCGUCACAUCUGCCAAGGUCGCUCGAGCUUCUGUCUGGCGUGGACGUGGGAUUCACGGGAACAGGUCUGCCAUUUGAGUCCGUGGAUGGUCGUGGGCGAGUCGGCCGCGGGCAAGACGUCGGGGAUCAAUGUGGCUCGCGCCAAGGGUCUCGCGGGCCAGUGUCGAUGAUCGGGAUCAGGGAAUUCGGCGUUAUCAAGGCGGUUUUAGAAUAUUUGACGAUAUAUGUAGAUAGAGAGACAUGA